CUUUAUUUUUGUAAUAUCGUCAAAGAACACUUUAUAUGAUUUUUCUCUAUUUUAAAGUUUCUUCCUUUUUCAUCUAAAAAUCGGCAGAAAAUCCUAACUCCAGUCUUGCGUAAUUAAUGAUCGUCUUCCCUUUUAUCACACACUCUUUUAUUAUUUUGCUCAGCAAAAGAUUUGAUUUUUUUUUUGCUUUUAUAGAUUCUGGGAAUAGUUUAGAGAUGGGGAGAUUGUUCUUGGUGAAUUUGGAAGGCAAGUCUUACAGUUGUAAGCACUGCAAGACCAAUCUUGCUCUCUGUGAUGAUGUCGUCUCUAAGUCUUUUCAGUCCCGACAUGGGAAAGCUUACCUCUUCAGUAAGGUAGUGAAUGUGUAUGCUGGCAAGAAAGAAGAUAGGAUGAUGAUGACGGGAAUGCAUACGGUGGUCGAUAUUUACUGUGUCAAAUGCGGCUCUUAUGUUGGAUGGAAAUAUGAGUUUGCUUUUGAGAAGAAUCAAAAGUACAAGGAAGGAAAAUCUGUUCUCGAAAGGUUAAUACCCGAUUAAUCAUAACCGCUGAUGUAUCUUCUUUGACAGAGAUACUUGAGAUGAUGCAUUUGUUCAUAUUCUUGACAGGUACAAGGUCUGGGGUCCAGAUGGGAACAAUUAUUGGGUGGCUCAAGAAGUUGAAGCCGGAGACAGCGAUACUGAUGAUGCUUGAUUCUCAUCAUUCAUAUCUGAUUUGUACAUUCCCUCCAACUCUUUCAUUUUUCUUUAUUCUUUUUCCUCAUUUUGUAAACCAUCUAUCUUACAUUAGAACAGCUUCCGAGACCAAUUGUUUGGUCAUUGCUGCAACUACUUUGGACACAUAAGUUAAAGAUCUCAUUAUCUUAUUUGCAGCCUAAGUUUAGUUUGUUUCCAGAG